CAGGAAGAUGGAGAGGGAGGAAAACAUGAAGAGAGAGGAAGAAAGAAGCAGGGUAGAUUUGGAGAACAGGAGACUGGAGGAUGAAAUCAAAAUUAAGGAGGAAGUAGAGAGGAAAAAGAAAGAGGAAUUAAAGAGUUUAAAGAAAGAAGAGGAGCUGAAAAGGGGGGAUGAAAGAAAACAGCUUGAAGAUGCCAGGAAGAAGAUGGAAAAGGAGAAGAGGAAGAUUGAGAUAGAAGUGAGCUUGAAGGAGGAGGAGGAGAGAAAAAAGAAGGAAGAGGAAAAUAUGAGCAUAGCGGAAGAGGUGAAAAUAACUAAAGAGAUUGAGGAGAAGAGGAAGCAGGAGGAGAUGAGGAAAGAGCAGAGAGAGAAGGAGGCUCUGGAAAAGAAGGAUAGAAAGACGAGGAAGACGGAAGGAAGAGAACAUGGACAUGUAGAUGAAGAAGUAACACUUAAGGAGAGGGCCGAGGAGGAGAAGGGGCUAAGGAAGAGGGAGAAGGAAAGAAAAAAGAUGGAGGAAAAGAAGGAGUUGAAGGAAGUGGUGAGAGAAAAGGAAACUGGAAAUGGAACAAUGAAAGGAGAACCAAGACCCAUUGAAGAGGACGAGAGGAGGAAAAAGGAAUAUGAAAAGAAAACAAAAGAGGAACAACAGGUGAGAAGGCAGAAGGAGGACAAGAGACAAGAAGACGAUGAGGAUUACAGAAAAUCAGAAGAUGAAAUAACGCUCAAGGACGCUAAGAAGGCCUUUAAAGGAUAUGAUAUGGACAACAGGAAGAUGGAACAUGAGGGCCAAACAGAGGACAAAGAGAAGAAGCAGGACGAUGUGGAGAAAAAGCACGCAAAGGAAGAGGAGAGUAAAAGAGAGGAGGCAGAGAGGGGACUGAAGAAAGAAGAAGUGGAAGAAAACGAGAAAGAGGUCACCAGAAAGACAGAAGGAGUGAGACUUAAAGAGAAGGUGGACAGCAAACGUAGAGUGGUUCGGGGUAGGGAAAAGGAGACAAGAGUGGUGGAUGAGCUGCAAGAGAAAAGACAAAAUAACAGCAUGAUGGGUCAAAAUAAGAACAACAAUCCAGAUGAAACAGAAAACACCAUCGCCUCACACCUAGAAGACAGCCCCACCUGGACUUCCUCAACCACAGCUCCUUCACACAGUGAGUCUACAAUCAGUCCCACAGGUACAGAACCCAGACCACAACAACAUGACCCAGAGGAAAACAUCAGUCAGAUCUCUGCAGGUGAAACUGUGGACUUUGAGAAAAAUAAAGCAGCAAAGCCUUCCACUGUGUCUGUUUUUUUACCUGUGUGCCUCCCAGAGCACACAGAGAAGAAGAGACUGUCAUGGAUAAGAGAGUGUAUCCCCUGGUCCAAACUCUCCCUCCGCAAAGGGAGGAAGCAGAAAGGUUCUGUCUGGGGUCCGAGAGGGCUGAGGAGGGCUGCAGAGGCCAGCAGUCUGCCACCUCUCUGCCCAGACUUUCUGCUGCAGUCGACAGCCUGGAAAUCCCUGCAGGAGGUGAUGACAGUGACCCUGGAGAACUUGCCUGGCUGUAACUUGUCUACUCUCGCUCAGUGUAGUGAGCUACGAUCCCUCACCCUCAGACGCUGUGGCCUCAAAUCCCUGGAGGGCAUCAAGUUUUUACCACAGCUCUGCUACAUCGAUGCACAGGAAAAUUAUAUCUCAUUCCUCGACUGUGAAAAUAUGACUAGUUUAAGGGUUCUAAAACUUGCCCACAACAAGCUGACGUCUAUCCAUGGCUUAACUGGAGCUGAAAAUUUGGACGUUCUAGACCUCUCACACAACUCCAUCACCCGAAUUGCUGGUCUGGAGUCUGUGAGGAGACUGCAGAAGUUGUCAGUCGAUCACAACCAGUUGAUCAAUACCAAAGGACUGAGGGACGUAUACACUCUCCUCCACCUGAACUGCUCACACAACCAUCUGGCAAGUGUGGAGGGUCUGGAGAACAGUGCUCUGCUCAACACGCUGGACCUCAGAGCCAACAGCCUAACUGAGCCCCCCAGUCUGAACAACCAGGUCCUUCUCAGAGAGCUGCAUUUAGAUGACAACAGCGUCUCCUCCUUGCAGGGCCUCACUGAGUGCUGGCUUCCUCUCUUGCAACAUCUCUCUGUGGCCCAAAACAGAAUUACCCAGCUGCCCUCCAUGUCCGAUUAUGUGUCCCUUGCAAAUCUGGAUCUUCGAUUCAACUGCUUGUCAGAGAUCCAGAACGUGUGUGAGAGUGUGGAGGGAUGUCACUUCCUGCAGGAGGUCCGCCUCACGGGGAAUCCUCUUCAGCAGGAGAGUAGGUGGAGAUACACUCUGCAGAAAGCGGUGCCUGGCCUGAGGGCCAUAGAUGACAAGGAGACAGACUUUUCUCUAAUGCCCCCUGCUGUUCAGCAGGUCAGCUCGGCCUCAGGCAGCUACCUGAUGUUCUGCCAGACUCAGCUUCAGCAGACUCAUGAUUUACUGCAGCAGCACAGCAGGGAGCUCAGUAAUGCUUCAUCUUCCCUGGAUGCUUUAAAGACCUCCUGCCGACACUUCACAGAGGGUCUGCAGCUGGCAGAGGACCAGAGAUUUGCCCAUGAAUAUGGCGACAUCACUGUGGCUGAGAAACACAGGGCUGCAGGCCAAACAACACCAGAGAAAACACUUGACAUGGAUAGUACCGAUGCCACAAAGUGCACUGAGGGCCCGGAAAUGGAGUCCAAUAGAAAAGUUCCACCAGUCGUCCCACACAGGAACAGAUGUAGCCACUGGACCUUUGAGGAAUCAGCUGCAGAGAGUCGGUUUAAUGCAUUCAACGCUGAUACAACAGAUCCAAAGACUAGGCCGACAGUUAGCAAAGCUAGCUCUGGCAGUGUCCACUCCUCUGCAACAAAGGGAAAAAUGUCUUCCUCCUAUCUUAAGAAGGCACCUGUGUCCAACCAUCAAGACCUUGACCUCCAAAACAAAGCAGCAGUCGUGAUUCAGCAGCAGUGGAGGAAAUAUAGACAGAAAUGUGGGAACUCCAGCAGCCCAUCCACAGCUGAGAAGGGAGGAGGAAGAGGAGGCGAUGGAGGAGAGCCAGAGUCAGGACCUUCCUAUAUUAACGGGAGCGUUGUUGGCAAGGAUCAUGCAGCAACUGUCAUCCAGGCGUGUUGGAGGGGCUUCACUCUGAGGAGGAGGCUCGCAUCUGCUCUGGCUGCUGUCACAUGCUCCGACAGCGGAGAGGAUGACACCUUGGAGGAGGUGGACGUGGAUGAAUUUGUCUUUGAUGAGGCAGCACUGGUGAAACACUGGACACUGACGCUAUCUGAGGACUUACCUCCUAGACGUUUCCCAGUGUCAGAGCAGCAACAGUCCUUCAAGCCUCCUGUGCACUUUCCUGAAUUCUCCCAGUAUGUACUCCCACCACCAAUCGUUUGGAGGCCAAAAGAGGCCUGGAUGCCUGGAGAACCUGUGGACUCUGCAGGACAGAGAGUUUCUCCAGAAAACUUCAACAGAGGCAAAUCUCCUGCUUCACCCUCAGUGCUCAGUGGUCUCUCUGAAAGAUCAGACAAGAUUCUGCAAGAAUGGGGCUUCACCGACAGCCACACAGCUCUGCUAAUGCUCAAGAGAGCUCAGAAGAUGAAGCCAACAAAGCAACAGCAAAACAAACGUAGGGAUCCCUCCGUUUGUCUUGCCUUGUUCAAAAACUGCAGUUACCAGCUGGGUCCAGCGGAGGCACAAAACAGGCCUGCACAACACAACAGGAAUUAUAGAAAAGUUCGCGAGGCUGAGCUGGGCCUUCGGCAGGCGGAGAAGGUGGAGCGAGUGAAGCAGGGACGAGCUCAGCAGUGGCUGCAUACCCAGGCUGCUCAGUCUGACAGGGACUCAGAGAGUGCGCAUUUCUUACCAGAGAUCAGCUCAGACGUUCUGAAUGGAGGCAGAGUGCAGCUCGUGGCCGACCCGGGAUACACAGACCGUCUGCAUCACGCCAGAGGAUUGUGGGCCAACAACAGUUUAGCUGCCCAGCCUUGCAAAGAGAACAAUUAUUCUCGCAGAAACUCUUUGGGUCAUACAAGAAAAGAAGUUCCAUCUCCACAGCGAGUCUCGUCUGCUCCGCUUAAAAAGGAGCGCAUCUCCUUCCGGGACAACCCUGUCCAGCUGAGUGGUGGCUGGGGCGGGGGCAAGAAGAGGGACAAAGUGUACAAGUAAAACACAAACUCUUCUACAACCACACCACCUUUCUCUACUGUCCUCACCCGACACCCAGAGUAUCUUUCAGGCAGAUACGUUUAAUGUUUUUGCGUCGUCUGAUACAUAUCCCACAAAGAAUGCAGCUUUCUCAUAUGGUCAUCUAGUUCAGGAAAGCACAUUUAUUCAUGAGGAAUUAUCAUGCACUAGAAUGUUGUGACCCAGGAUUUAAACCAAUGGAUCUCAUUCUCACAAUUUUCCCUCCGUGAAGAAGACUUUCUGUAUUUUCAUUUUUAGUGCUAUUUUAUAGGCCGCUCUGAAUCCCCCUGCAGCUGUUCUUUUCAGCCGAAAACUCGAGCUCCCUGUCCUGAAAAUUAAUUAGGACCAAUAGGACCUGGACCAGCCCAAAUAUCUUCAGGCACUUCCAUUAUGUUGAUUCAGCUCGAGUAUCACUGCCUGAAUAUGAUCGCAGCCAACCAGCACCAAAACACAUGGAACGAAAAUGGCACGCUUCAUAUGCAAAUGAUGAUAGGAAAUAAGAACCAGGACCUUUAAUACCUGUGGAUUUGUGUCUCUUUGGAUGCUGAACUGUUGUUUCUGUGCUCUUUACUAAAAAACAGUAUUUUUAGUUUGUAGCCAUGGGAACAGACAUGCUUUUUCCACUUCUCCUGUGCUCUCUUAAGAGUAAAGUUUAAUAAAGCCCAGAGAUUUAAGUGCAAUUUCCCCAUUAUGUGACUAUAUUUAGCUCCCUCUCACCAACAGUGGGCUUGAAAUUACUGCUUUUAUGAGCCGAGCACAAACAUUGGUGUUAGAAUUAGAAUGAUGUUUUCUUUAUUUCCAGUCGUGGAUUAUAAUGGCCUUGUCUGUGUAUUUGAAUUUGGAGAGCUAAGGCGUCCAUCCGCAAA